UCAUACCACAAAAAAAAAAUACAUUUUUUUUAAACAAAAUUUUUUAUUUUAUGAAGUUUAUAUAGUUAAUUAAAUUAUGAACUUGCGACAAAAAAAAAGAAGAAUAAUUUAAAGAAAAUAUAAUAAAUUUAUCAAAAAGUUGAUGCCAUAAAUUGGGCAUUUUUUUUCAUCAUUCGAUAUAUUAAUUAGCAUCACAAAUAAAGUCCAUUUUCUUUAGAUGGUAGUUCUAAGCUCCCCUUUCAAGGACGAGAGGCAAGCGCCCAUAUUUCAACCCCAGGAUUUGACCCUCACAUUGAUUUUGAAGCAGGGAGAAAAGGAUUUCGGGUUUACCUUUAGGAAAAUAGAGGUCGAAGAGGAAAAUCGCUCGGAUUACGGGACACGAUUCAGCGCCGCGAAUGUGAGCGAAAAUGGGUGCGUCUUGGUCAAGAGAAAAUAUUUCUUGGUUGAUUCGAUAUGCCCAAUUAGUAGCGCCUCGCGAUCGGGUCUGCACAUAGGCGACAACAUAUUGGAAGUUAACAAAGAAAGUGUCAGGGGUAGAACGUACAAGGGCCUUAAAUUUGCUUUAAACCAAGCUUUUUACACGGGUCAGGUAGAAUUGAAAAUAUCUAAAAUCAACCCUGUCAAGGGGUUACUCGAAGACCUAGUCAUCACUUCCCCCUCCGAUGAUUGCACGUCUUACAGUAAUCGAUUCGAUAGUUCUACUAGAACCAGUUCACCGUUGUCUCAAGAUAUGGUUAAUUGUAGCCCAGUUAUCACCCCGAACAGCGAUUCUAAAAUUGAUGACCAAUCCACCACCCUUUAUAACGAAACUUCGUACACCGUCAAUCAUAAAUCGUUCACCAAUUCCAAAGAAAUAAAGAGGAGCGAACGAAGCGUGAAUAGUAGCGAUAAUUCGAGCAAAGAUACCGACAAAAUUAAAUCGCGCGAAGAAAAGGAUAAUAAGAGCAGGCCUCGCAAUAAGAAGUCGGUGCUUUUGCGGGCAAAGAUAUACGAAGACGAGAGAGCCAAAGAAAGGAAUCAAUUGUCUCAAAAAGCUUUCGCGGAAUGGAAAAAUAACAAAAUUAACCGGAAGGUGUUGCGAAUGAACGAAACGCUGCUGAAAUACAAAAGCAUGACUUCGAUCAAGAAUAAUGAAUGUGACACAAAUGACUCAUCACGAAGCUGCUGCAAAAUCGGUUAUGGAUCGCUGGAAUCAUUGCUGGACAAGGAAUCGAGAACAGUGAUUUCGGAUAGCCCCGAAUUCGGGAUCAAGGCCAACGGGGAAAUCAAUAAAAAGGUUAAACAUAAGGAAUACAAAAACGCAGAGAAAAUAUUUUGCGCCGAUAACUGCGAAUUGCAUCGCGUGAAAAGCGUGUCCAGUAACUACGUAAUCACUUAUGGAAGGGAAGAAUAUUAUAUAAAGGCAUCUUCCAUUCCUAUCGAUAAUACGUAUGACGAAAAAAAAGAGAGAUGCAACAAAGUUGGUUAUAGAAAAUCCCUGCCCAUUCAAAAUUCUUCGUCGAAGCACGUGAGACCCGCUGUUCAAAAGCGAACCGCCGAAAAGAUAAGGAUAUUCUCUAAGUCAAGCGAAAAUAAUUUUGUGAAUAUGAGAUCUAGUCAGCACAAUGGCUCCAAUUUCCAUUCAGCCCCAGAGACCAAUUACCAGAGAAACGAUACCAGGAAAGGUUUUUACGGAUGCGACAGAAAAGAAAAAUAUGCUCAUUUAAACGGGUAUGAGAAGGAAGUAGACAGGCUAAAAAAGCGUUUUUCCCUUCCCAGCGGGCUAUACGAUAAAAACUGCUAUAGAAAUCAAAGUGCGCGAAGUUUUCUUGAAGAGGUCAAAGGAGAUGGUUUAAAUAUAACACUCCUCCAGAAAAUAGAAAAAUUCCGUGAGGAUAAUGAACGUAGACAAAAUACGUUAUCAUCUCCUAUGUUAUGCGAGCUAGAAACAGAUGUAUGCGACCAUUUGAUCGUGCAACAGGCAAUUCCUAUUUCGAAUGUCACACAAAAUCAGGUUAAUCUUACUAAAGUGGGGUCAGUGGGCUCAAAUCAAUCCUCAAAAAUGGAAUUGAUAGAUGACAAAAGAAAUUCUGACAGUUUUGACAUACGCUAUAAAUCCGACGAACCAUCUACUAACCCUGUACCAAAAAUCAAAUUUCUUCCAUUUCUCAAACCAUAUACAUCUAAUCUUCCCUCCUUAUUCAAACUUGAAAGAAUGGGUCUUUCGAAAGUCCAUCAAAAUUUUGCUGAAAGUCCAGAAAUCUACGAAAAAGCUGUGCAAAUGGUAAAUCAAUGCAAUGAUCCGAUAAACCUUGAGGGUACAAAUCAAGCUGGCAAGGAAAUUGGUAAAGGCCCAGAAAUAAAGAGUAAAUGUGGUUUAUACAGACACGUUUCGUAUGAUAGCAAUAGAGAUAUAUCGACAAAAUCGUUUCCUAUUCCAGACACAGUUAAAAUUUGUGAGAGAGUCGAAAAGUGUGAUUUGGCGGAUAAUGAUAGCAUCAUAAUGAAAAGUAGGAAAACAACAAAUAAAAGUGACCUAUCUAACAAAGUUUACGAGUACGCGAUAAAUAAAGCUAUAGAAAAGGAUUGUAUCUCCAACCCUAUUAGUAGCGUGGAAAGCGUGGAAAGUAUCGUGAUUCGUAUAGAUUCGUCUAAACCAAAUGAGUUACCCGUAAAAUUAAAUUCCAAAAUGCAAAAUCUGAUUUCUAAAGUUGAAAGCGGAUUAGAUAAAUCUAUUGCAGAUGGAACCGAAUCAAUUAAAAUCAGCGUGGGUGUUGCUGAAGGAAUCAAUAAAAAUGCUAAUAUCGAACAAGACAAAAUUGAAGUUGAAGAUGGUGAAGAUGAUAAAGAUAAUAAAAAUGGCGAUGAUAAUAAAGUUAACAUUGAUCUUUCAAAAUUUGACGAAACAAAAACCACCAGAAUUCUAAUGAAUAGAGAUUUUAUGGAGACUGAGGGCACAAUAGGUAAAGAAUACGGUACGAUCGCGGAAGUUAAAGGGGCACACCCAAAUAAAACCAAUCAGGCUCAAGAUAUUGACGCCACCGCCUUAAAUAAUUUUAAAAUCGAUGAUAAAUCUUUGAUUUGCCGGGAAGGCGAUUUUGUCAGGAGCAAUAAAAAGUUGUCGAAUUUCAUAUAUCCCGUUAAACUUAUAAAAUACAACGUUACUGCUAGGAAAAAAUCGCAAAAUACAGCGCAAUGCCACUCAUGCAAGACCUCGACCCAAAAUGAAAACGCUAUAAUAAUGGUGCAACAACUUAAAGCGGUGUAUCACUUAAAUUGUUUCAAGUGCUGCGUUUGCAACUAUUCGGCAGGCAAUCGAUUUAAAAACAUUCUAUCCUCCCUUCAUUCUGAUGAUCUAGAUAUAGACCUACCCCCUGUCCAGAUUUGUAAAGAAUAUAUGAAAUGUUUGCAAUGCAACUGAUAUUGAAAAUGUGUGAAAAUAUUUUUCCUCCUUUUUUUUUCUCAUUUAUUUGGUGUAAUUAGGGUAAUAUCUAAGUCUACCUCUUAGCAAAGCAAAUUAAAAUUGGGUAUUUAAUAAUUGACCAAAAAUUAAUAUGGGUGGGUUAGGCUAUAUAAAUUUUGCCCAAAAUAAAUUUGGAGUCUAUUUUUAAAAAAAACUUUGUGGUUUAAAAUGACACGAUUUAAAUUGUUUGCUAGGAGAUAGACUAAAAAUAAUCCCGCAUUCACAGUUAGCGCGAAUCAGCCGCGAUGCAUACAAAAAUAUGAUAUAAAUACAAUAAUUUUACAUUAAUUUUUAUAUACUUUCUCCGCGAAUUGACGAUAAGUGUAUACGCAGGGUAAGGAUUAUUCUCUACAUAAUCUCAACAUCAAAGUCACGUUUUCGUUUAAUUAUAUUUGUUAUUAGAUUAAAUACUGAGAAAUUUAUUAUUAAAAUUUAUAUUUAUUUGGAAUGAUAAUAAUAAUAUUUAUAUUUCACAAUUUUUCACCUUAUAAAUGACAAUAUUUUCAGUUUUAAAACCUUGCUAUCCCAAUGAUUGAAAAUAUAAAUAUUGAAUUUUAAAGUCGUUGAAUACAAAUCAGCUGGUACCGUUUUCGUAAAUAUUAAUAAUUUAGGCGGGAAACCAAAAAAUACCGUUUUUAUUUCAUACACGCAUUUAGACGAACGAAUCGUGCGUCUAGACAUUUAUUCCAAUAUAGAUUCCCAUUUAUGUAAAUGAUUGUGAGCGACUCUCAUUAAAACUUGUAUAGUAGUUAUAUUUAUCUAGAGGAACAAUAAUUUAUUUAUA